AAUGACAUCUGGAGACAUUUAGCAACAUCUGGAAACAUUUAACGACAUCUGGAAACAUUUAACGUCAUCUGGAAACAUUUAAUGACAUCUGAAGACAUUUAGCAACAUCUGGAAACAUUUAACGUGAUCUGGAAACAUUUAACGUCAUCUGGAGACGUUUAACGACAUCUGGAGACAUUUAGCAACAUCUGGAAACAUUUAAUGACAUCUGGAGACAUUUAGCAACAUCUGGAAACAUUUAACGACAUCUGGAAACAUUUAACAACAUCUGGAGACGUUUAACGACAUCUGGAGACGUUUAACGACAUCUGGAGACGUUUAACGUUUCACCACCAGAUCCAGUCGUCUCCAUGACCAGAACAGGUGUGUUAAUCCAGAUCCAGUCCAAACCUGCAGCAUGAGGAAACAUUAUCCUGGUGAUUAGAUCUGAGUGGUUGUGUUAACGUCUGCGGUGUUUGUCUUCUUAUCUGUGUGUUUCUCUCUCUAUCUUUAUUAGCUCGUAUCUUGUCAUCACUCUCUCAUCUCAUCUGGUUCUGUUUGAUUUGGUUGUAACGAGUUUCCUGGUUCACUGACGGUCGACAGCUUUGAGGAAACUCGAUGUUUAGAAAAUGUGUGUGACAGUUUUUUUCCCUGCUUUCAUCAAUGUUGGAGUGCGUAGAGUAAAGAAACUUGAGUGUGUUUUGGCUUUCUGCCUGUGUGUGUGUGUGUGUGUGUUUCCAAGGAAGUCCAGCCAACACACCCACAAACAGGAUUUGAAUACCGAGCCACAGCCCUGCAGAGACACUGGAGCAGAGCGCUGGAGGUGGACGGACGGACGGAGGACGAGCUGCAGAGAUGAAGCUGUGACAGGAUGAGCGUAGGACCUCUGCUCACGACCCCCAUCGUCGCCUGCAACAACUCCUCGGCUGGGGAGUUGUCGCAGUGUUUCCAUGACGACGAUGCCUUCAAGUACCGGGCCUACACCUUCACCUACCUGCUGCUGUUCCCGGUGGCGUUCCUGUGCAACAUCGGAGCCCUGGGGGUGUUUCUGCUGCAGAGCAGCCGCAGAAACUCCGCCUCCUGCGUUGUCAUGAUGAACCUCGCCCUAUCAGAUGGCAGCUUCUCUCUCACCCUCCCGCUACGAUUGGCUUACUAUUUCAAGGAAGGCGUGUGGGUCUUCCCUGAUUGGCUGUGCCGAAUCUGCGUCUACGGCUUCUAUGUCAACCUGUACACCAGCAUCCUCUUCCUCACUCUACUGAGCGUGCUCCGUUGGCUCGCUGUGGCCAAGCCCCUUCGCCACCGAACUCUGGCCACGCCCACUCGCUCCUUAUUGGUCUGUCUGGGAGUCUGGCUGUUUGUGGGCGUGUUGUCAGGCCCCUUCCUGACCAAUGGGGUGACGAUGAGGGCGGGGCUUCCUCGCUGCUUCGAGCCGGCGAACCCCUCCUCAUGGGGGCGUGUCCUGAUCUUGAACUACGUGGCGGUGGCGCUCGGCUUCCUCCUCCCGUUCCUCACCAUCAUCGUCUGCUACGGCCAACUCGUCCACCGCCUGAUGGCUCGCUCUAGCGUCCGCAGCAGCAGCACGCGUAAUCGCAACCGGCGCCGCUCCGUGCACCUGGUCACCAUGGUGACGGCGACCUUCCUGCUCUGCUUCCUGCCCUACCACCUGAUCCGGUCUCUGCACCUGCACGCCGUGUGUGGCGGAUGGAACUGUGAGGUCACGGUGGCGCUGCAGAGGGCGGUGGUGGUGACUCUGUGUCUGGCGGCGUCCAACAGCGUGGUCAACCCACUGCUGUACUACUACUCCACCAGGACGUUCAGGAACAACAUGAGGGACGCUCAGUCCUCUCUGCUGUCCAGCCGGGCUGGGUCCCUCAGGUCCGGAAUGACCAUGAUGAGGAGACGGAACACCACCUGACGCACCUGGAGGGCCUCACGGUCAGCACUGCUGCUGACCAAACAAAAGCUACCAGGUGUCCAGGAGUCCGUAGGAGGGUCCAGGAGUCAGUAGGAGGGUUCAGGUGUCAGCAGGAGGGUCCAGGAGUCAGUAGGAGGGUCCAGGUGUCAGCAGGAGGGUCCAGGUGUCAGCAGGAGGGUUCAGGUGUCAGUAGGAGGGUCCAGGAGUCAGUAGGAGGGUUCAGGUGUCAGCAGGAGGGUCCAGGAGUCAGUAGGAGGGUCCAGGUGUCAGCAGGAGGGUUCAGGUGUCAGUAGGAGGGUUCAGGUGUCAGUAGGAGGGUCCAGGAGUCAGUAGGAGGGUCCAGGUGUCAGCAGGAGGGUUCAGGUGUCAGUAGGAGGGUCCAGGAGUCAGUAGGAGGGUCCAGGAGUCAGUAGGAGGGUUCAGGUGUCAGCAGGAGGGUUCAGGUGUCAGUAGGAGGGUCCAGGAGUCAGUAGGAGGGUCCAGGAGUCAGUAGGAGGGUUCAGGUGUCAGCAGGAGGGUCCAGGAGUCAGUAGGAGGGUCCAGGUGUAGUUGAGGGGGGCCCAGGGGGUUCAGGAGGGUACCUACUGGAUCUACUGAAACGAUUUCACAACCUUUGAAUUGGUUUCACACCAAAACAUGUAGAUGAAGUUUAAAGUUUAGGUUUACAGAGACGAGAGUCCAGAAACAGAAGUCUUAGUUUAUAUAAAGAGACGGCAGAGUCAGUCUCUGGAGCGAUGUCACCCUCUGCUGGUUCAACACUGAAACCACCUGUCAGGUAAAAUCACCAGUCAGAACCAGACCAGCUGGGAGUGAAGCUCCUGUCAACUGCCAACCCGAUGUGUUAGUGAGCAGCUGGUUCUGGAAACAACAGAACCUGGUGCUGCUUUUACAGACUGAUGUGUGUGAAUAAUUCUAAACAUGCGAUGAAGUUUCCAGUGAAGACGCGUGUUUGUUUAUUAGACCAUAAAUAUCCCGAUGACGGAAACACGUGGGAGGAAACAUCGUCCUCGUGUACGAAAUGUUCAGACUGUUUCUGCAGAAUCUGUGUGAUGUUGUUUCGUCCCCGGAGGAUUAACGAUGAUGAGCUACUAUAUGAAGUUAACAAGCUGUGACACACAUAAAGAACAUCAGAGAAGGAAAUGAACCACUUUAUUUUAUUAAUAAACUGAAGAAUGUC